ACUCCGCCGCGCGCGAGGACUCUUCGAGAAAAAGACGAAAAAACAGUCAACAUGACACUUGACUACCACCAGCCUACCACAACCAACACAACACUGCCCGAUGAUAUUCACAUGAAAGAUCCCGAAGAGGAAGAGUUCGAGGAGUACGAAGACGAGCUUCUCGAGGAAGAAGAAGAGUUUGACGAAGAGCUCGAGGAGCUCGAGAACAGCGACAGUGCUUCAUCUCUAGUGUCCGCCGGCUCACCACACGGUUCAUCGUCAUCAAAUGGCUCACACGGAUCCUCACCACCGCUUCAAGUUCAGAGCCCAUCUCAGGGCUCAGGAUCCUCGGGAUCUCCUACAGGUCAGCCGGAAAAACGGCAUAUUUGUACAGUUUGUGGAAAGGGAUUCUCGUAUUUUUCAAUUCUGGAGUCGCACAAGAGAUCACAUACUGGGGAGAAGCCUUACAACUGCCAUUUUUGCCAGAAAACUUUUGCACAAAAAGCCACGCUUCAAGUCCACGAGCGGACGCAUACUGGCGAGAGACCAUACAAAUGUAGAUACUGCGAGAAAACGUUCGCCCAAUACGGCACUAAGACAGUACACGAGAAAAGUGCCCACUUGGGAAUUCGGAACUACAAAUGCCCAAAAUGUGAUAAGCUACUGUCAUCGCCCUCGGCACUGUAUACGCAUAAGAAAACGCAUGGGGAUAAGACUUUUCGAUGCGAUUUCUGCCCGAAGACGUUUGCUCUGAAAAACUACCUGAAACUACACGUGAAGCAGGUUCAUGAGCAAAACGAGAGAAAACACGUCUGCGUGUACUGUAACAAAGGGUUUGCCUAUGCUGGCAGCCUUCAGGUCCAUGUCCGUACCCAUACCGGGGAACGACCAUACGUUUGCAAAUUCUGUCCCAAGGCUUUUGCUAGUCAGGGAAACCUACAAUCUCAUGAACGGACCCACACUGGCGAGCGGCCCUACUCUUGCCAAUUUUGUCAGAGAACGUUUAUACAGAAAUCUCAACUAACUGCUCACGAAUCAACUCACCUGACCCAAAAACACUCGGUCAACCCUGAUUCCACUACAGCUGACAUUUUGCCAGUAGCUGGCUCGGUAACCGAUCACCAAAUGGUCGGUAACUACGAGUGCACGUUCUGUAAUAAAAAAUAUCCAUAUGCGAGCAGUUUGUACAUACAUAUGAGGAAGCAUACGGAGAAGUCCGCAUAUUCCUGCGAUGGAUGUGGAAAACCUUACAGUCAAAAAAUCAGCCUGAACAUCCACCAGGACCAAUGCGAAGCGUUUAAAAAUCGAUUGAAAACCACCGAUUCGCAGUUCUCUCACAACUGCGACGGAUGUGGCAAAUCAUUCGUUCAACGUAUUGCACUACAAAUCCACGUGGAUUCCUGCGAACCGCAUAAAAAUUUGGCUCGACUGAAGCUGAGCCAACAGCAGAAUCAAAAUCAGAACUCCGACUCGGAAUCUGACACUGAAAUGAAAAUAUGCCCAUUACCUAAUCCCCCACUGACACUGGCGCCCACGCAUCAACAAAUCCCACCUCCUGUCAAUAUUUAUGCUCAACAACCACCACCUAAUCCACUUGGCAGCAUCCUUGGCAACACGUCACUGACACCUCAGACUCUGAAUUUUGGGCUCCCGUCACUGUCGUCGGCGUCGUUCUCCUCGCUGAACGCCCACGCGCCGUUCACGCCUGUUGAGCUCCCGAACUCAGCGGAUUUCGGCCCACUUACGGCCUCCAAGCCACACGCCGUACCCUUCCAUCCCUCAGAAAUGUGUCUGUCGGCAUUCCGAAAAGUUCCAGAGUCUUCGUCAAUUUCCGGACUGGGAUCCCUGUCCACAAGUAUUCUCUCAACUCAACUAUUACUUCAACUUCAACAUACUCCCGACUUUAACUACCUCCUCAAUCAGAACUUGUUAUCCUCAUUGGCCGGUCUCAGUGGCCUUUCAGCAACUCUCGGACCUCAGCUACAGGCCACCACGCCCACUUCGGCUAAUCAGCAACCGUUUUUGAUGGCGGCGCCCAGUGCCGUACAACCACUUGUUUGAACAUUUUUUAUAUUUUUUUUUGCUCUUUUUACAAGAAAUUUGAAGGUUUUUGAGUGAAAAUUAGCGAUUUUAAACGACACUCCGCGAUCCCACCUGCGCGUGUUGUUUAGCGUUAGCGGGAAAUUCGAAAUUUUGAGUCAAAACUGCAAUUUUUGCUCGAUUUUCGGAGUUUUUCUGCUAAAAAUCGAUCGAAAUUGCGAAAUUUCAAUUUUCAAACGGCACUCCGUUAUUCCGUAGGUGCGUGUUGUUUAGUGUUGGCGGCAAAUUUGAAUUGUUGCUUGCUUUUUUAAGUUUUUCGACGUAAAAUCAACAGUUUUAACGGAAAAAAUUCAAAUUUUCACUCAAAAAUUUUCCUUUUUAUUAUUAUUUUUCUUUUUUGUCAUAUUUUAAACAAUUUCUCUCCCCCUUAUUCGUGGUCCUCAAGCAGCUUAAUCGUGUCCGGUAAAUUUGGCCCCGCCCACUCUCACACUGGCCACGCCCACAAAAUGUCUUUCACCCCGUUUUUUGUCGAAAUCCGGUCGAAUUUAUUGAUUUUUUCUUCUUUUUUUUUCGAAACAUCUGCCAAUUUGAUCUCUAUUUAUCCCACCUUUCCUCCCGAUUUAAAAAAUUUUCCUUGCCCUACAGUAACUCCCGCCCUAUGUCCCUUCAAACUUGCCCCAUCCCUGAAAAAAUUCUCGUCAAAAAAGUUGUUGUUCCCCGUAUACACAUUGAUUUCUGGUCAAAAUAAUUGUAAUUUAAUACACAUAUAAAUCAUAUAUUAUCGGUUAUA